AUUAAGUAUUUAAAAAAAUAUUCAAACAAAAAAUCGCAAAUUAAAAAAUGCAAGCUUUGCAAAAACUCUCACAAGUUGGGAAAAUGUAUAUUUCUGUUAAAUUGCAGAGAAUAAAUUGGUAUUUAACAUGAACGCAAACAUUGUGCGAAUAUGUUUCAUUCAUUCAUAGUUCAGACUAGAGAAGCCAUCAAAGAUGGUCACUAUUUUUAGAGUUCUGUGGGAGGGUCCCAUUCUAUAAGUAGUUCCACGCACCAGAAGACAAGAGACAUGCCGAGCAAUAAAUCCACGUGAACAAGCGGCUCAAGGUGGUGCUCCCCAAACACUCUGUCUAUGCCAAUUUCUCAAAAUAAGAUAUUGCCAUCGACAGUUCCGUUUGGGUGUUCCAAUAAAAAAGAUAUCUUAUCUGAACGCUGCUAAAAGAUCUUAAAAUCUUGAAAUGUAUAAAAGCUCACUUAGAUGGAUUAUCUGCUUUGUUUUUCUCUCCAUGGUGAUGGCAUUGGAGGAGGAAACCGACAAAGGACUGUUAAACAUCACCAGCAAUCUGUCAGAUACUGAAACGGCUCCGAAAUUACCCAGUGAAGUGCAAAAAGCUGUCUGCACUGUGACUGCGGGGGAGGUGAAAGCAUCUGCCGAGGCUGUCACCACAAAAACACUGAAAGGAGUGUGUGGAUCAGAUGAAAUGAAUAUGGCCUUCCGGAAUCUGGAGAGCAGGCUUUUCGAAGAGCUCCGCGUUAUGAAGCUGAUUUUGGUGCAUUUAGCAAAGUCAAGUGGUGUGAAAGUCAACACAGCCAUUCCAACACCUUUACCAACUCCACCUCCACCCCCAUCUAUCAAAUCAGUAAAUCCAUCUCCUUUGCCAUUCUUCAAGCCAAUAGAAACACCCAAAAAGAUAUCCAAUUUAACUAAUUUUAAGCCAGAGGAAAAUGAAGUUGCUUCUGACUUUGGAGCUAAGAAGACACCCACUCUUAAGGACCUGGAGGCAAACGGUAACUCAGAUUUGGUAACUCGGGAUAACGAAGUUGAUAAGUUUAAUAACACCGUACUGGCCGAUCAGGAUGUAAAGUUAUUCACUUAUUACUGGAAGUUGGAAAACGUUACGGAACUUAUUCAAGCUCCUCAGCUGGCCACAGUCAGUAGCCCAAUAUUUAGCUAUAAAGGCAAAUCACUGCAACUGAAAUGCACCUUCCAUCACAUGAAUCGCGAUUUGCUUAACCUGCAACUAGGAUACGGAAUUUUUAAUCCGCAAUCAAAACCCGGCCAAAGCAACAACAUCUUGUUAGAAAUGGAUGGAAUCUUUCAAAAUACCAAAUGGACCGAAGAUGUGCCUCUAAAACAUAAAAUAUCUAUACUGGAUCAGAAUCAAAGCCAUCGAAGGUCGCUGGAUCUCAGCUCGCAGGCACUGAACAAGCUGGACAUGGGCUUUUCCAUCCCGAACAGCGUGCUUUUAGGUAGUUCUUAUAUCAAGCAGAACGCUUUGUUGAUUCAGAUUCUUUUAUAUUUGUGAACGACGGAACCACGGUUGUUUUCGAUUGGGCAAUUAAAACAAACAGAGACCAAAACCAUGUGCUAUUUAAAAAAGAUUUCCAUAUCCUGAAUCCACUUUACA